GGUGGGUUGGGGGGGUGAUUCAAGUUCAGUUUUUGAAGAUUAUCUGCCAAGACAAAAGGACCAAAACAUGUACAAAGGCAGGAACGAGGGAACACUGAUGUGAGGGAACUAUGGGAGAGAAGGCUUUAGCUAGAUCACACAGGGCCCUGUGCUCCAAGUGGGCCUUGUGCUUUGGAGCUAUCAGAUUUGCAUGUUAGAGAAAUGACUCUGGUCUCAGUGGAGAGAGUGGACUGAAGAGGGCAAGAAUGGAAGCCGGGAAGAGUGAACAGAAGAAAUCUUGGGCUUUGAUUGGGUCGGAAAGAAAGUGUGGCCCUACCCACUUUGAUGCCAUCUCUAAGACCUACUGCUACCUGACCCCCGACCUCUGGAAGGAGACUGUAUUCACCAAGUCUCCCUAUCAGGAAUUCACUGACCACCUCAUCAAGACCCACACCAGAGUCUCCGCGCAGAGGAUCCAGGCUCCAGCUGUGGCCACAACAUAGGGUUUUUAUACAAGAAAAAUAAAGUGAAUUAAGCCUGAAAAAAAAAAAGAAAAGAAAAAGAAAUUGUGGCCCUAGGCCGGGCGCGGUGGCUCACGCUUGUCAUCCCAACACUUUGGGAGGCUGAGGCGGGCGGAUAUCCUGAGCUCGGGAGUCUGAGACCAACCUGGGCAACAUGGCGAAACCCGUUCUCUACCAAAAAUACAAAAAGCCGGGCGUGGUGGUGCAUGCCUGUGAUCCCAGCUACUCGGGAGGCUGAGGUGGGAGGAUGGCUUGAGCCUGGAAGGCAGAGCCUGCAAGCCGAGAUGGAGCCACUGCACUCCAGCCUGGGUGACAAGAGUGAGACCCCGUCUUAAAAAAAAAAAAAAAAAGUGUAUCCCUAACAGAGCCUGCAAAUGCCCUUUCUCAGCGUAAGCCUCUGGACUUACACUUGGUCGGCGCUGCGCCUCUCCGGGAUCCCCCUCCCUCCUCCUCCCUGGGGCCCCGCGGGCGGGAAGGAGGCGUGGGGUGGCCCAGCCUGGGUGGUCUCCCGCCCCGCCCCCUGCGGCGCCGUUACCUAGCAGCGGGCCGGGCCGCGCGGCUAGGGUAAUUUGCGGGCCCCUCAGCCAAUGGGAGGGCGUCGCCCCGGCCAGCUCCCUUUUCUGGAGCUCCAGCCGCCUCCCGGGGACUGCAGUCGCCACCUCGAGCCCUGCUGUGCGUCUCGGGCCAGCAAUUCCGCCUGCGCGCGGGACCCAGUCCCAUUCCUCCUCCAGCCGCCGCGGCCCACGGCCCACGGAGCGGGUGAAUCCCGGCGCCGCGCCCCGGACCCGCAGCUCCCUGCACUCCUCCCUCCCAGCCGCUUUAACACCCACACCCCACAGUCUCUCCCACGCCCGCGCCUUGGCGGCCCCACUGAAUCCCUACGCGGGGCCCAGCGGUACCGGGAGACCGGGCUAGCCUAUGGGAGCGCCCAGAUAACGCGGGUUGGGGGCGCCCGCGCCCCCCAUCCUCGCCAGCAUGACUCGAUCGCCGCCCCUCAGAGAGCUGCCCCCGAGUUACACACCCCCAGCUGGAACCGGAGCGCCCCAGAUCCUAGCUGGGAGCCUGAAGGCUCCACUCUGGCUUCGUGCUUACUUCCAGGGCCUGCUCUUCUCUCUGGGAUGCGGGAUCCAGAGACACUGUGGCAAAGUGCUCUUUCUGGGACUGUUGGCCUUUGGGGCCCUGGCAUUAGGUCUCCGCAUGGCCAUUAUUGAGACAAACUUGGAACAGCUCUGGGUAGAAGUGGGCAGCCGGGUGAGCCAGGAGCUGCAUUACACCAAGGAGAAGCUGGGGGAGGAGGCUGCAUACACCUCUCAGAUGCUGAUACAGACCGCACGCCAGGAGGGAGAGAACAUCCUCACACCUGAGGCACUUGGCCUCCACCUCCAGGCAGCCCUCACUGCCAGUAAAGUCCAAGUAUCACUCUAUGGGAAGUCCUGGGAUUUGAACAAAAUCUGCUACAAGUCAGGAGUUCCCCUUAUUGAAAAUGGAAUGAUUGAGCGGAUGAUUGAGAAGCUGUUUCCGUGCGUGAUCCUCACCCCCCUCGACUGCUUCUGGGAGGGAGCCAAACUCCAAGGGGGCUCCGCCUACCUGCCCGGCCGCCCGGAUAUCCAGUGGACCAACCUGGAUCCAGAGCAGCUGCUGGAGGAGCUGGGUCCCUUUGCCUCCCUUGAGGGCUUCCGGGAGCUGCUAGACAAGGCACAGGUGGGCCAGGCCUACGUGGGGCGGCCCUGUCUGCACCCUGAUGACCUCCACUGCCCACCUAGUGCCCCCAACCAUCACAGCAGGCAGGCUCCCAAUGUGGCUCACGAGCUGAGUGGGGGCUGCCAUGGCUUCUCCCACAAAUUCAUGCACUGGCAGGAGGAAUUGCUGCUGGGAGGCAUGGCCAGAGACCCCCAAGGAGAGCUGCUGAGGGCAGAGGCCCUGCAGAGCACCUUCUUGCUGAUGAGUCCCCGCCAGUUGUACGAGCAUUUCCGGGGUGACUAUCAGACACAUGACAUUGGCUGGAGUGAGGAGCAGGCCAGCACAGUGCUACAAGCCUGGCAGCGGCGCUUUGUGCAGCUGGCCCAGGAGGCCCUGCCUGAGAAUGCUUCCCAGCAGAUCCACGCCUUCUCCUCCACCACCCUGGAUGACAUCCUGCAUGCGUUCUCUGAAGUCAGUGCUGCCCGUGUGGUGGGAGGCUAUCUGCUCAUGCUGGCCUAUGCCUGUGUGACCAUGCUGCGGUGGGACUGCGCCCAGUCCCAGGGUUCCGUGGGCCUUGCCGGGGUACUGCUGGUGGCCCUGGCGGUGGCCUCAAGCCUUGGGCUCUGUGCCCUGCUCGGCAUCACCUUCAAUGCUGCCACUACCCAGGUGCUGCCCUUCUUGGCUCUGGGAAUCGGCGUGGAUGACGUAUUCCUGCUGGCGCACGCCUUCACAGAGGCUCUGCCUGGCACCCCUCUCCAGGAGCGCAUGGGCGAGUGUCUGCAGCGCACGGGCACCAGUGUCGUACUCACAUCCAUCAACAACAUGGCCGCCUUCCUCAUGGCUGCCCUCGUUCCCAUCCCUGCGCUGCGAGCCUUCUCCCUACAGGCGGCUAUAGCAGUUGGCUGCACCUUUGUAGCCGUGAUGCUUGUCUUCCCAGCCAUCCUCAGCCUGGACCUACGGCGGCGCCACUGCCAGCGCCUUGAUGUGCUCUGCUGCUUCUCCAGUCCCUGCUCUGCUCGGGUGAUUCAGAUCCUGCCCCAGGAGCUGGGGGACGGGACAGUACCAGUGGGCAUUGCCCACCUCACUGCCACAGUUCAAGCCUUUACCCACUGUGAAGCCAGCAGCCAGCAUGUGGUCACCAUCCUGCCUCCCCAAGCCCACCUGGUGCCCCCACCUUCUGACCCACUGGGCUCUGAGCUCUUCAGCCCUGGAGGGUCCACACGGGACCUUCUAGGCCAGGAGGAGGAGACAAGGCAGAAGGCAGCCUGCAAGUCCCUGCCCUGUGCCCGCUGGAAUCUUGCCCAUUUCGCCCGCUAUCAGUUUGCCCCCUUGCUGCUCCAGUCACAUGCCAAGGCCAUCGUGCUGGUGCUCUUUGGCGCUCUUCUGGGCCUGAGCCUCUACGGAGCCACCUUGGUGCAAGACGGCCUGGCCCUGACGGAUGUGGUGCCUCGGGGCACCAAGGAGCAUGCCUUCCUGAGCGCCCAGCUCAGGUACUUCUCCCUGUACGAGGUGGCCCUGGUGACCCAGGGUGGCUUUGACUACGCCCACUCCCAACGCGCCCUCUUUGAUCUGCACCAGCGCUUCAGUUCCCUCAAGGCGGUGCUGCCCCCACCGGCCACCCAGGCACCCCGCACCUGGCUGCACUAUUACCGCAACUGGCUGCAGGGAAUCCAGGCUGCCUUUGACCAGGACUGGGCUUCUGGGCGCAUCACCCGCCACUCGUACCGCAAUGGCUCUGAGGAUGGGGCCCUGGCCUACAAGCUGCUCAUCCAGACCGGAGACGCCCAGGAGCCUCUGGAUUUCAGCCAGCUGACCACAAGGAAGCUGGUGGACAGAGAGGGACUGAUUCCACCCGAGCUCUUCUACAUGGGGCUGACCGUGUGGGUGAGCAGUGACCCCCUGGGUCUGGCAGCCUCACAGGCCAACUUCUACCCCCCACCUCCUGAAUGGCUGCAUGACAAAUACGACACCACGGGGGAGAACCUUCGCAUCCCGCCAGCUCAGCCCUUGGAGUUUGCCCAGUUCCCCUUCCUGCUGCGUGGCCUCCAGAAGACUGCAGACUUUGUGGAGGCCAUCGAGGGGGCCCGGGCAGCAUGCGCAGAGGCCGGCCAGGCUGGGGUGCACGCCUACCCCAGCGGCUCCCCCUUCCUCUUCUGGGAACAGUAUCUGGGCCUGCGGCGCUGCUUCCUGCUGGCCGUCUGCAUCCUGCUGGUGUGCACUUUCCUCGUCUGUGCUCUGCUGCUCCUCAACCCCUGGACGGCUGGCCUCAUAGUGCUGGUCCUGGCGAUGAUGACGGUGGAACUCUUUGGUAUCAUGGGUUUCCUGGGCAUCAAGCUGAGCGCCAUCCCCGUGGUGAUCCUUGUGGCCUCUGUAGGCAUUGGCGUUGAGUUCACAGUCCACGUGGCUCUGGGCUUCCUGACCACCCAGGGCAGCCGGAACCUGCGGGCCGCCCGUGCCCUUGAGCACACAUUUGCCCCCGUGACCGAUGGGGCCAUCUCCACAUUGCUGGGUCUGCUCAUGCUUGCUGGUUCCCACUUUGACUUCAUUGUAAGGUACUUCUUUGCGGCGCUGACAGUGCUCACGCUCCUGGGCCUCCUCCAUGGACUCGUGCUGCUGCCUGUGCUGCUGUCCAUCCUGGGCCCGCCGCCAGAGGCCCGAGGAGAUCUAGCCUCUGCCUCCCACCCCAGCACCCCCUCAUCAGACACACGGAGCGCCACUGUCUGGACAGGCUGAAUUGGUCUUCGGGUCCCUAAUUUCUCAUACGCCAUUCCCUCUGCCUAGAACACUUUCUCACCUCCCCUUGACGUGACCCCAUAUCACCCUUCGAGGUGAAUUGGAUCGGAAGCCAUCUCCUCCAGGAGGGGUGGAGUCGUGCCUCCUGUGAGGUCCCAGUGCCCCUGAGUGUCUGUGCCCGUCUGUUUCCCCGUCCCUCUCUCUAAGCCCGGAGGCUUACUGCGGGUAAGGACGGCGGGACAGGACCUUAACCCCUGGGACGAACACCAGCUCCGCAAAGGACUCGGCACCCGGCGCCGCCCACGGGGUGCGGGUCCCAGGAGGACCAGCAGAGAGGAGCAUAGGAGAGCAAAGGAGAUCAGUAACCCAUGGCUUCCCCGGUGGCGCGGAACAGCCCGGAGCCGCCUGUGAUUUGCAUACCCAUGGUGCAACACGAAAAGAUACCCUCACGAUGCUUGCACUCCCUCUGUGCGCGCAUUUCUGCACUGUUUUAGAGCAUGAUGCCUCUUACACGCAUCUGUGUGCAUAAACUACAUAUAGGGGGUGCGUACCACGCAGGCACCCGACAACCAUAAGUGUGUUAAGUGUUAGUUCUCCCUGCGAGGUUCGAAGCGGAAGUGAAAAACAUACUCUGGUUUCUCUUCAAAUCGCACAAAUCUUUCGCCUUUUACUAAAGAUUUCCGUGGAGAGAAAGUUGUGAGUUUUUAUCCAAUUUUUUGAGGCCUCGUGUUUUCCGAGGCUGAAUUUUUGAGUAUUAAAAGUUAGACAUACUACGACCAAGUAACGUGGUAAUUUGUUGUUUGUACCAAAUGUUCACAAACUUACUCGGGCGUCGUGUUGGAUGUUGGUACCCCCACGUAUUCCAGAAGUUGGGGCGGGAGAGUCUCUUGACUCUAGAAGACGGAGAUUGCAGUGGUGCGAGAUCGCGCCACUGCACACUCUAGCCAGAGUGACAGAGAUUCAGUCUAAAACAAAAGAAAAAAGUCAGAAGUUUGCGUGACACCUUGUUUUGAGCUGCAGUUGGGGCUUAUUGGCUUCUGCAGUGUGCAGUAAGACUGGCUUCUAUUGUUUCUCGCGUUUUUGUUGCAUUUCGUUGCAGAUUUAAAAGAUAAAGAAACAGUGGAAGGCGCUUUCAAGUCGUCCGGUCAUUAAUUAAGCCUUAGUGUGGCUAGAGGUUCAGGGACGGUAUAUCGCGCCAACCAAACUCCUUGUUCUAUCCCCAGAGAUAGUAGCUGUUAGCGGUUUCGUGUGGCUCUUCCAGACUGAUUUUUUUUCCCCAACUCGACUGCGAAUCCAAACACAGUUUAUGUAGUGAAGAUACAAGGUUCCUUCUCCUAUGGAGCUUUUUUCUUUUGAGAUGGAGUCUCACUCUGUCACCCAGGCUGGAGUGCAGUGGCUCAAUCUCGGCUCACUACAACCUCCGCCUCCCGGGUUCAAGCGAUUCUCCUGCCUCAGCCUCCCGAGUACCUGGGACUACAGGCGCCCGCCACCACACCCGACUAAUUUUUGUAUUUUUAGUAGAGACGGGGUUUCACCGUGUUGGUGAGGAUGGUCUCGAUCUCCUGACCUCGUGAUCCGCCUGCCUCAGCCUCCCAAAGUGCUGGGAUUACAGGCGUGAGCCACCACACCUGGCCCUUUUCUUUCUUUCUUUCUUUCUUUUUUUUUUUUUUGAGAGGGAGUUUCGCUCUUGUUGCCCAGGCUGGAGUGCAGUGGCGCGAUCUCGGCUCACUGCAACCUCCACCUCCCGGGUUCAAGCAAUUCUCCUCCUCAGCAUCUGGGAUUACAGGCGCAUCACCACGCCCGGCUAAUUUGUGUGUUUUUAGUAGAGACAGAGUUUCACCAUGUUGGCCAGGCUGGUCUCAAACUCCUGACCCCAGGUAAUCCGCCUGCCUCGGCCUUCCAAAGUGUUGGGAUUACAGGCAAAAGCCAACGUGCCCGGCCCCUAUGGAGCUGUUCUAAUAGAACCAAACACAAAACAAAUUGAAUAAAUCAUAUAAAUCCCAGAUAAAUAAUAUUUCAGUGAGAAGUGCCCUGUAGAAAGAGCAUUUUGAUAGAAUGGUCUACCUCCUUCCUAUUCCCUCUCCAUAAGGGAGCUCACCUACUUCCAUGGCUUUAAGUACAUGCCAUCUGAUAGCUAGUGACCCCCCAGUUUACAGCCAUCAGCUAGUCCUGUUGACUCCCUUCCAUCAGCUGGUCCUGUUGAUACCUUCAAAGCGUAUGCUUCAUCCAACCACAUUUUACCACCUCCACUGCUGCCAUCCUGGUCCAAGAUCUCUUGCUGGAUAAUUGCAAUAGCCCCUAACUGUUCUCCCUAGAUCACUCUUCUACCUCGCUCUUGCCCUUCUCAAUUCCAGUCCUCCACAUAACGGCCAAAUUCUUUUUUUUUUUUUUUCUGAGCGGGUCUUGCUGGAGUGCAGUGGCACAAUCUCAGGCUGGAGUGCAGUGGCGCAAUCUGAGUUCACUGCAACCUCCACCUCCCAGAUCCAAGCAAUUCUCCCACCUCAGCCUCCCAAGUAGCUGGGACUGCAGGCGCGUGCCACCACACUGGCUAAUUUUUGUAUUUUUUGUAGAGACAGGAUUUCGCCAUGUUGCCCGAACUGGUAUCGAACUCCUGGAUUCAAGUGAUUCGCCCACCUCACCCUCCCAAAGUGCUGGGAUUACAGGCAGGAACCACCAUGCCCAGCCCAAAUUAUUCUUUUAAACUAAAUCUGAUCACACAUCACUGUCCUGCACAAAACCCUCCAAUGCCUUCCCCCAUGACACAUAGCUCCCUGCAGAUCUCUUGUCAAAUGUUAUCUCAUCAGAGGUCUACAAUCACUGCCCUGUACGAAAUAGUCCCACUCCCAUCACAUAGCUAUCUCUUUAACCUGUUUUGCUUUUCCUCAUAGUACAAACUACUCCCUGAAUAGAGCAUACAUUUCUUUACUUGUUAACUGCAUGUUUCUCCUCUUAGAAUGUUAGCUCCAUGAGGCAAAGACUUGACUUGACUUGUUCUCUGAUGUACUUAUUCCAUGACCCUAAAUCAAUGUCUAGUGUGUGGGCACUCAAUGAAUAGUUGUGGAACAAAUGAAUGAAUAUGUUUUCUAAACACAUAUACAGAAUUUAAUCUGUCCCACUACAAUUCUAAGUAUUUUAUGAAAUUAUUUUCAUCUUCCUAAAAACUCUACUAAAUAGGUUCCAUUAUCUCCAUUUUAUAAAUAAGGAAGCUGAGGCAAAGAAAGGUUAAUCACAAAGAAAAUAUGUGGCGGAGCUGGGAUUCAAAUGCAAGCAUUCUGGCUCCAGGAGACACGCUCUUAAUCACUAUGCUACCUUUUUUCUUUUAACAAGAGGAAUCAUGCUGUAAUUGGUCUAUUCUGUGCUUUUUUCACCAAAGAUCAUGGAUUUUUUAAAUAUUAUAGGAAUAUGCCAUAGUUAAUAUAACCAGUCUUCUGGUAAUGGACAUAUAGAUGAUUUUCAAUUUCCACUAUCCAACCAAUGCUGCCAUGUACUACUAAGCACAUUUUCUGUCUUGAGAGAUAAUGCGAAAUAACUAUCUUUAAUCCCUGUGCAAUAUAUAUACACACAUCUAUGUGUAUAUAUAUAUAUACACACAUCUGUGUGUAUAUAUAUAUAUACACACAUCUGUGUGUGUAUAUAUAUAUACACACACCUGUGUGUGUAUAUAAUAUACACCCACAUCUGUGUGUAUAUAUAAUAUACACCCACAUCUGUGUGUAUAUAUAAUAUACACCCACAUCUGUGUGUAUAUAUAAUAUACACCCACAUCUAUGUGUGUGUGUAUAUAUAUAUAUAUACACAUAUAUAUAUAUAUAUAUUUUUUUUUUUUGAGACAGAGUCUCACUCUGUUGCCUAGGCUGAGUGCAGUAGCACAAUCUCAGCUCACUGCAACCUCCGCCUCCCAGAUUCAAGCAAUUCUCGUGCCUCAGCCUCCCAAGUAGCUGGGAUUACAGGCAUGUGCCACCACACCUGGCUAGUUUUUUUGUAUUUUAGAGACAGGGUUUUGCCAUGUUGCCCAGGCUGAUCCCGAACUCCUGAGCUCAGGCGAUCCACCCACCUCGGCCUCGCAAAGUUCUAGGAUUACGGGCAUGAGCCACGGUGCCUGGCCUCCUGUACAAUAUAUUUUUGUAUGAAGAAGUCCCUGAGAUAGAAAUCUAACUUUAUUUUCUUCUAAAUAGUCAACUGUCUCUCAUUUUAGAUUGACAGUAUCUUGCUUUGCAGCUCCUUUAAAACUCUUCAUGGAAUAAAGUGGCAUUUAAAUGAGGAAAUAGGCUGGGUGUGGUGGUGCUUCAUGCCUGUAAUCCCAGCACUUUGGGAGGACGGAGUGGGACCAUUGUUUGAGCCCAGGAGUUUGAAAA